UGCACCCCGGCUCCGGCGAAAAGGAAGCAGCGCAGCAGCACGCCCACGGAGGAAAAAUGCCGGCGAAAAUUCCAGAUGAGACGAGAGGAACGUGAUUAUACGCGGUGUACCGUGGCGGCGAACUGAAACUUUUCAGUUAUACGUGUUACGUGCCGUCGCUCCGGCCGGUCUGGAGAAGGUGAACUUUAUCGCGGUUCGAAGAUAGAGCCGCGAAAGCAUAUUGCAACACGCGGCGAAUCCGUCGCUCACCUUUUCACGAGCAGGCAGGACGAUGCCUUCGGCGUCGGGCGAAUGGGUGUGGGCUCUUCGACGAGCGAGAGUCCUCGAGGACGAGCCAUCGUCCUGGGAACCGGCAUGCCAGAUUUUCCAGAACAUUUCGCAUCCCGCGAGCGACGCGCGUGAACAUAAAAUUCGUGAGUGUACGUGUAUGUGUGCGGGUGUGUGGAUAUCCGUGGCGACGACGACACAAAUGUGCGACCGAUGUAUUUCGUCGCGUUUGUGGACGCGCGACAGCCCGGCUGGUACAAUUGUCGUGAGAUUUUGAUACGCAUGGAAUCACGGAUGAACGUUGUCCUCUUGUGAAUUUGACUAGAUGUGAGUAAGGAUUGCGCAAGUGGCAGGUAGAAGGAAAAAGAGAGAAAGUGAGAGAAAGCGCGUUGUCUCUUACGCUUCUUCUUAAAUCUGAGACAGAUUAAGCAUGACUGAAUGAAAAAAACCCGUAAAGUAAACACGAUAUUGAGUCGGACACGCAUUAUUACGUACAUGUCGAAGAAAUGAAAAUUGAACGGAAAGAUAUCCGUGUACAUAAAUGGGGAUAAAAGUAAAAAUAAAGCAAGCGAAGCAAGACACCUCAGCAAUUUGCAACAGGCGAACCUAAGACCCGUAUUUUGAAUUUUCUUUUAUUGAUACAAGUGCCCAGAAUGUGUACAGAGGAAACAAGAUUUGUCGGAACAGCAAAUUGUUUGUUAAUGUGGUGACAGCAAAAAGAUGUGUUGCGCGGAAGAAAGUAAUUUUGCUGCCGCAGCGAAACGUUGUUGCGACAGCAACAAAAUUUAGUUGGCAUAACCAAAUUAUUUUGCUGUACGUAUAUCCAGCAAAUAGCAAUUAGUACUCUUAACAAAUCUUUCAGCCGUCCAAACCAAUUUUUUUUGCUGUCGUUAUAUUAACAAUUUGCUGUUUUAACGAAACUUGAUUUUUCCGUGUGGCUUUUCAAGCCAAUUAGGUAGUUUCUAAACCACUUUUAGAGGCAUUUUAUCAAUAAAAGAGAAUCCAGAAUAUGGGCAUAAUGGUCAGUAACAAAAAAAUUGCAACCUUUUUCCCGAUGAGUUUCGCAAUGUAUCUCGUAUCCAAUAGGAAAAUAUAUCUCUCCUGAGAAUUACGGGAACAAAUGAUGUUGCUGUUGUAAUGAAACCAUCGUUGCUAAUGAAUAUUCGUUGCGACAGCGAUAAAAUUUAGUUGGUACAACCAAAUUAGCGAAUUAUUCGUAAUCAAAGUAGAAACAGUUUGUCACUAGAAUAGAAAGAUAAUGUCGAGUGAAUUUAUUCUUAGGACACGUUAAUUAGUCGUUCGAACAAAAUAGCGUUUUCCUACAUUCACUAAUUUUUCCCCACAGCAAAACCAUUUGUAGAUUCAGCAAAAUAAUCCAGCGAAUGACAAUUGAUACCCUUGACAAAUCGUUCCGCUGUCCACAUAAUAACUGAUAAAUUUUGCUGCGGCGGCAUAAAAUUUGCUGCAAAUUAUUUUUCUCCGUGGUGCUGAAAAACAAAUUCUCCUAUUGGACACGUGACGCGUUCCGAAACUUAUAAACAAAAGUGUCGCCGCCUUUUUGUGACUGACUAUACACGAUUAGUUCCAGCCAUAGGUGAGUCAAAAAUAUCAGGCGUAAAUAAGCGAUCAGCGGUGGCAGCCGGAAAUAAACCAGGAAGAAAGAACACGACAUAAUAAUAUAGAUUAGGAUUCCCCUUCUCUCUCUCUCUCUCUCUCCUUUAGGGAGAAAGAAACGGGAAGAGAGACCAUCGGGGCGCCGGUGAUCAAGCCGGAGCGAGCAUUUAUCCGCGUAUCACGCGAUCCGCGCGAGAUCCGGCGCGAAUUUAACGGAGAAGACAUAUUCGCGGAAUGGGAAACGGUCGUGAAGAAUGGUAAUGAGAUUAUAGGUCGACCGUGCCGUAUCGUAACUCAGUAACGUUAGACGGCGAUGUGCGCCGCACGUGGAGCAAGAAAGAAAGAAAGAAAGAAAGAAAGAGAAAGAAAGAAGGGAAAAGAAAGACCGGCACAUAUGAGAGGAGCGGCUGGAGGAGGGAGCCCGCUGCAAAGGUGAAGAUGAUAUUUGCCUGAAUAUAUAUAUAUAUAUAUAUAGUUAACGGGAGCAACGAGCGAGCGAGCGAGCGAUGCGCGAAUACCGUAUAUAAUUUGAACGUAACGGAUAUGCGCGCACGACGGCACACGCCAACGGGAAACUGUAACGAAGGCGUCAAGUCUCGCUCAAGCAUCAGGCGGGUAUGUGGCGGCUAUCAUGCGCGUUGUCUAUUCAGAUGCAAAUCAAUGCUCGCAGGUCGCAUCGAUUGCGCGAGGGCGUGCGGUCCCCCCGUACGCGCGAUGCGCUGAAUAGCGCCGCGCGACGUAAUUAGUCUAAUGGAUCGGCGGAUUUCGGGCGAACUUCUUCGGGAGUGUGGGACUCUCGACGUCGCGAGGAUCUCUCUCUCUCUCUCUCUCUUUCUCGUCGAGCCGUCGGGUUAUCGCAGAGGAAUUUCCGGUGCCACGUGAAUCUCACGAGAAGCCGGGAGGCCUUAAUUAAAUCGCUGAAAAACAGCCGGUUCUCCAGAUAUCUGUUAAUUCGGAACGAGGAGGAUCUUCUCUCAGCUUCUCAGCUUCGUGAAUAUAAUCGGCGAGACUCUCUUCGUGUAUCUUGGGACGUUAUGAUUUAGUCGAGCCGCGCGGGUGUGUGUGUGUGUGCGCGCCACUUGUUAAUUUCGCUAAAGAAGAUCGUUGACGCCGAGUGCUCGGAAGCUUGCGCAGGAACACGGCAAAGUAACGCGAUUUAUCGCAGGUGGUGAUUAUAAUGUUGCGCAAUUAUGAAAUAUCCGCUCGCACGCCGGAAAUAAAGAAGGUUGAGCAAGCUUAUCGAAUCCCGUCGGUGCUCGCGUGGAUAACGUAUCGCGCGCGUGCGAACGUUCACGCGAGGCAUGUGUACGAAGGACUGCGCGUUAUCGUCGUACGCUUUAUUGCAGCGGCAACGAAGAUUUCGCCGAUUCAAGAAACUCGCAUCUUCUUCUUCACUCAACGCCGCGUCGGUUCAUUCGCGCGAUUAACCGUGCUUUAUCUUCGCCGACGCAGCGCAUAUCUCCAAGUUCCGUAAAAAUUUACGGCCUGAAAAUAUAAUUAUCGACACCCGGAUAUGUGUUGAAUUAAGUCAGAUGAAAUUCCACAUCUGCGAUGAUUACGGGUGUUGUAAUACUACUGAUGUAUAAUACUGGUAUUGAUAUUUUUCUCUCAAUAUCAGGUAUUUUUGUAUUGUACUUUCGUAUCGAUAUUAGUACUAUCUUGUUUUGGUAUCUUAUCGAUAUAUUUUUUCUUAACUUUUUACUCAGCCGAUCUUCAAGAUAUUAGAUAUUUUUGUCUUAUGAAAAAUUAUGUUAUUAAAAGCAUCCGGACAUUUUUACACGAGGAGCUAAUCAUGAGUGUCCUUUUGUGCGUACAUUGUUUCAUUUCCGUGUACAAUGCAAUAACUUUUUCUCGCUUCUGACACCGACAAACAAGGGGCGAUGACAGCGAGGAUACAGAAGUCUUAACAUAUCCUUUUUAAAGUUUCUAAAUUACAAACCGGAGCAGCGGUAAUUAGUAACGACAAGAAGAGCAAUAAUGACAAAUAACAAGAACAAUGUGUAUCUAAUCUAAAAGUAAAACAUGAUGUUAUGAUGUGUGACACAUGUGACGAAAAAUAAGAACAAUCAUGAAAUGCACGAGAAAUAUGUUGUGUCCGAAUGUCGCGGCGGUGGACCGUAGUGGCGCAUGGCUAGAUAAAAGUUUCGCCCAGCAGGAACCGGGCGGCAUGGGUCUGCCGCGUUUCUCCCUGAAGAGAUACUUUUUCUACGUGCUAUGUCUGACGGGUACGCUGUUGGUUCUACUGAACCUGCUGCAGGACGAGAUAUGGCACAGCAUGCGACCGCAUCCCAGCCAGCCGCAGUCCGUUCGAACUGCCGGCGAUGGGCCGAAGAUGAAACCCGAUUGGCCUUUGAAAUCGAAGAAGCCGACCAUGCGAGUAUUACGCACUCGGGAGCGAGUGAAGAACAGACUUCCGUCCGAGGUAUCGAAUGUAAAUGGAACCGCCAACUUCGGCGAGAACGCGAUAGACUCGUUGGAUCCGUCGCGAAGGCCUUGGUACAUGAAAGGAGGGUCCAGGAGACCUUAUCCGGCGAUAAAAGCCCGCAGUACCGGCCGAAGGCUGGCUCAAUUGUGGCCGGAGGAGAACGCUUACGAUGAUCGCGUGACGAAUCAGCUGAUGUUCGUGCCGCCCGACUACAAUAGAACGAGCGGCGAGCAUCCUCUGAAGAAGAUAAUGGUUCCUCAUGGUAUGUCCGAGGCCAAAGCCGGUCCUGACAUUUUCUUCCAGCAGCGCUGCCCGGUGAAUACCUGCACGAUCGUCCGCGACAAUCCGGACGAGGCCGAUCUCAUUCUAUUUAAGGAUUACAUCACGCACGUGGGACGACGGCCGCACAAUCAGGUGUGGAUGCUGUAUUUUUUAGAAUGCCCUUACCACACGCAGAGUGUGAAGAACGCCCUUAUCAACUGGACAGCCACAUAUCGACGUGACAGCGACAUAGUGGCACCCUACGAGAGGUGGCAAUAUUACGACGCCAGUGUCACGCAGAUCCCGCAAACGUUUAACUACGCGGCCAACAAGACGAAGAAGGUCGCCUGGUUCGUUUCCAACUGCCAUCCCCGAAAUCAACGCAUGCAUUACGCCCGGGAGCUCUCGAAAUACAUCCAGGUGGACAUCUACGGCGCGUGCGGCAGCUUGCGCUGUCCGCGCUCGCAGUCGCAGACCUGCUUCGACAUGCUCGACGAGGACUACAAGUUCUACCUCGCGUUCGAGAACUCCAACUGCAGGGACUACAUCACGGAGAAGUUCUUCGUCAACGGACUCGGGCACAACGUCCUGCCGAUCGUGAUGGGCGCCCACCCGACGGACUACGCGCACAGCGCGCCGUACCGCUCCUACAUCCACGUGGACGAGUUCGAGUCGCCGAGGGAGCUGGCCGAGUACCUGCACCGGCUGGACCGCGACGACGAGCUGUACAACUCGUACUUCCGCUGGAAGGGCACCGGCGAGUUCAUCAACACGUACUUCUGGUGCCGGAUGUGCGCGAUGCUGCACGACGACCGUCCGCCUAAGUACUAUAAGGACGUGAACGAGUGGUGGCGGGGCGAGGGCGUGUGCACGACCAGCUCGUGGCGCGAGCACGACCUCGCGCGCUCCCAGAAUUUCCGCAACACCUGAAGAGCGGCCGGCCCCUGGGAAACGUUCGUAAGAGGCUCUUCCGGCGGUUAAACGGGGAGUUCCGUGCGCGCGCGUACGUGCGUCGCGUGCGCGUACGUGCGCGCGCGCGUGAGUCCGCCCGACACGUUGCUCAAUUUCCACGGAAAGGAGAAAAGAAAGAAAAAGAGAAACGAUUCCGAUUCUUCCAUGAUAGAAUAUUGCCGAUGGGGAGGGGAAGGGGCGGACAGCAACGUGAAGGGAGCGCGCUCGCGUCCACGAGAGCGAGAUGACGCGCAUCCGAGAGCUGGACGGCGCGUCCUCGUUUCGCGAAGCCACUCGAGCCGCCCGGGGAGGAGGUGCGUUGAUGAGUCCUCUCCGGGAGAGGAGAGACGCGAUACAUCCUCCGCUCUCGUUUACCUCCGAGAGGGCCGAGAGCGCGACUCGGAGUGCGUGUGAGACUGUGUGCGAUUCCCGCGCAAAUGCGAUCCUAGCGAAAUGCUGCGGGGUUGCCUUCGAGGCGGCGAGGAUCCUCCGGGGAGUUCGCACCUCGCGCGGUGGUACUCUUUUCUCUUCUCUUCUUUGUUUCUCGAGGAAGGGCAGUCUGUGUGCCUAAUUGUCGAAUCUUCCAAGAUAACGUUUCGUAUACAUUUCUUUUUCGGACGGGCAGCUCAGGCGAGAAACACGAGGGGUGAGCCCGCGUGGACAGCCGUGGCAGGCUCGCGCGGGGUCGCGCGGUGAGAAAAUACUCUUCGGUGACGAGUGCGGUGUGAUGUUUCGUUAGAGCUUGAGGAGACUGUAAGUGGGGAUGAUGUCAGGGAGUGAUGUAGCUAGCGCGUGAUCACGGGAACAGGUGCAAUUACGCGUUCGUUCGUCCACACGGAGAAGAAAGGCCGAUGCGUGACGGUGAACGAAUCGAACGCGGUUCCGGUGUUUUCGAAGACAACAGAAUUUAUGGCUCUUGUCGCACGGAGGAAAUAUUGCGGGAAUAAUUACCGCGAAAUUUGGCUACGCUCGUACCGGAAUUAUGACUGAAAUUAUUAUGUGUUAUAAUUUGUCGUUUACAAUGAAGCGCAUUUACUCAAUAUUGCAUCAUAAUUUCAGUUAUAAAUUCCGAUGUGGUCCAACGUUAAAAACUUUCGUGGUGAUUCGUACUACAAUAUUUCCUCCGUGUGAACCAAGUUCGGUUCUUAGGGCUAAGAACUCCGGGGUUUGUUUUUUUUUCCCCUUCGAUCGAGACGCAUUCGAUUUGUUCAUUGUCAUGGUUGAUUCAACCGAACUUCUUUCCUUGUUGAAAACUCAAUUCUCUGCGCACAUUUAGCACGACGGAGAGUCACCUGGCUCCUAGUUUCGUCCGUUCGUUCGGAUCCGAUCCGGGAAGGCGCACGUGGCGCGAAUUCGAGGCGAGAAUCAGUAUUGCAUCUGCCACGAAACGUGCGUCGGGAGUGCGAGUCGGUGUAUAUACGGUAAUGAUGAUCCCCGAGCCACCGAGUGAUCUUUCAAUUGUAGCGCGGACAAUGACAUAUUCUAGAGGACCAACUAAGAAAGACCAACUAAAGAUUAACUGUUUAAACGAUCCGGGCCACCGGCAUUCGCGGAAUUAGCGUCGAAAGUUGAUGAUUUCCGGCUGGAAUCGAGCCGGAGCUUGUAUAUAAUAAGAAUAAACGAAAUCUCGGUUCUUCGAUUGAUUUCAUUCUCGAUUUUAUCCCGAGAGAUGGGCCUUUGAGUUUGGGUUUAUCAUUGUUCAAUAGAAGAUAUCUAUAACGCCGAACGCGAUGAAUUCGAGAGGAAGAGCGAUUCGUUGGAUGCUUUUUUGUUGUUAGAUAUUACAAUCGAUUGCAAAAAUUUGUCGCGAAAGCUGCGGCUGGAAGGACAGUCGGUGGAUUUCGGGCGGAUGUUGUAUAAAGGAUUGCGGCUCUCGACAAAGGAGGAAGCUGCGUGAGAUCGACCGUGUGUACUUUAGGGAAAAAGCGUGGCGACUAUACUCGAGCGCGAAUCAUGCAAUACGCGUUUAUUAGUGGCGUUUAAAUAUAAAUCCUGAGGAUAUUUGAGCUUCAAUUGGAGGAAGAGAGAGAGAGAGAGAGAGAUGAUCGCCGCUUUUUGGUAGCAAUAGCGAGCACAGCAUGAAACUAAGUUUUAUGCGGCGUUAUCGUACUGUUCAGUAUUUAAAUAUUAUUGUUUCUUCUUGCGAGUUCUGCGAGAAGAUCUCAUCGUUAGACGUUGUAGACGCGGAGAAAGAGAUUCGUGCGCAUUCACGUAACCUCGCGUGUGUAGAAAUUCCCAGUGAGCUUUACUUUCCCCGACAAUAAUCGUGCAUGUCUUACGUCGCGCUCGCACGGCGCAUUCGCGAAAUCAACGCGAGACGUUAUUACAUUUCCCCGCGGAAUCGCGGAUAAAUUCCCUCUUUCUUUUUCAAACCCGACGCUGAACGGGACGUCGGAUCAGCGCACGAGAUCUCUCAAGUAAUUUGCAUCUGUGUGAAUGCGUGUGUUCUCGCGAAAACCACAUAAAUUAUUUAAUUCGCGGACGAGAAGUGCAUUUAUACCGAGCUGCGUGGGAUUUACAUCGACCAGCCAAUCAAAUAUUGCUCAUUACAAGCUCACGUGAAUUUUUACGAGAAGCGCUUGACAGUUCUUCUUCUUCUUUUUUUUUUUCCGUUCCGGCAGAGCGGAGUGCGCAGCGAAUCUCGCCAUUUAUAAUAAGCAUGUCAUUUCCGUCGGGGAUUUUCGAGGUACGCAUGAAUCUAGUCAGAGGCGCAUAUAAGCUCAGUGAGGUAUUUUCGAAUAAUUUACGACGGUGUAGUUAUUACACACGCAGUGAGUACCUGUUCGUGAAUAUAAUUCCUACUAGAUUUUCUUUCGCAUUCGAGAGUCAAUCUUCGACUCGUUAAAUUGGCAGCGCGCGCGCGAGCGAGCGGCCGACGCGUCGCGCGCGCGGCACGCAAUUCGUACGUUCGUACUCUGUGUGGCUAUUCGCGAACAACGACCUUGCCGUUGUGAACACUAGUCCAGCUCAAACGUAGCUCAAGCCUGGACGAAUUUUUGGUCCUGAGGACAGCGAGACAGAAGCACCGGCGAGUAAGAGCGGGGCGCAAAAAAUGUAUUCAAAACGCACGAGAGAGAGAGAGAGAGAGAGAGAGAGACACGCAAAAUCACAAUCGAGUCACUUCGAGGCGGCGGCUCACACGGUCACCGCUCUCGAACGGUUCCUACAUUAUAAAAUUACUCACAGUGCGCACAAGCUGCAACUAUAGUUAUCUAGAUAAUGAACUAAUUAAAUAAUCAGCCGGACGCGAUCAUGCAGAUCGACACCGAGAAGACCGCGCAUAUCUCAAGUAAUUCGACAACCGUUUCCUUUCCACCGGAGUGCCCGAGUGAUAUUUGUGUCGAUACAUCGUUAUGUUUUUAGAUAUAUUUAUACACGCGUGUGUUACUUUGGCGGAUUGCAAUUUACUUUACACCAAUCGGCGCGCUUCAGUGACUGUCGUCCGAAUGAAUUGAAGUCGAUCCGUAGUUUAGCCGUGCGAAAUGAAUGAGCAUAUUUAUGUUAUUUCGCGAGACUGUUACAUCGAGUCGACGAUUCGUUAGUUACUCUUUACGUUACGAGAAAUUGUUCCAAUCUAAAUUUCCACGAUAAGCGAUAAGGUCGGACGUUAAGUUACGCAUGUUUGAAGAAUCAAUCAAAAAAUAAGGAAGGAAAAGAAAUAUGGGACAGAACCGGCGAAGCCGUUCCCGAGGGGCUUCGCCGAUCCUCCCGGCCGCAUUUUCGCGUUUAUUAACGAUUGGUGCUGCUUGUAACGAUUGGUGCUGCUCUACGGCGUGUGCAAACGUAUACGCCGACGACGACGAAAUCUUGAUCCGAGCGGCCAGCCUAGUACCGAAUAAGUACCGAAAUGUAGAUACGUAGGCAUCACAAGGGGCGUGAGAGAAUAACGCUCGAUAUCGAAGUGGCACGUCCCCGUGGCGAGUGGUGUACAUGUACGUGAUAAAUAAAUAUAUUCCCGAAUCGUACAACAAAGAAGAAGCGGAAGAAGCUGAGGAACGUGUCCGAGUGUCCACGACUCCACGAGAUUGUGCGCGCGGUUCCUCGAGCGACCUCGACCGAUAUUUUCGCCCGCCCUGGACUCAGUAAUAAAUACGAAGUGUUACUAUUUACUACUCUCUCGGUGAUUGCUCGUUGUCAAUCUAUAGAUAGCACGAUGAUUUGUAAAUAGUAGCGUGUACGAAUGUGUCAUGAUAUUAUUGUGUGUAAAAGAGGGGGGAGAAAGAGGUAACGACGAAAGCGAGAAAACGGUAAGAGAGAGAGAGAGAGAGAGGGGCACGUCGUGUCACACCGAUGUAUGUGUAAUAUUAAAUGUGUCGAUCGCGACGGCAGGUGAUGCAUUCGGACUCGGAGAGACAUGUAGAUAAAGUCGUGUGACGUCAGUCAGUCAGAACGUGGCUCGUUCUAUCUCGCGGAGGCGCGCUUAUUAUUUUUCAUCGGGACGGAGCCCGCAGUCAGAGAGUCACGAUUCAGUGCCAUAGUGAGAUCGUGAGGAUUUAAUCAAAAAAAAAGUGUCGUGUCUCAACCGUUUACGUCCACGCGCACAUCAUCAUCCAUCUCUUGCAGUUGAAACGCGACGGGAACUUGACACGAUCGGGCCUCUCGCACGCGAAUCGCCGUAACCGCAGACGUAGGAUACGUAAAUCUUUUCAGCCGAGGCACCGAUUGGGAUAUUCCUUUAGAUUCGGUAAUCUAGAGGAAGAUGGAAGUGACGGUGUAACUAGGAUUUUAACCAAUCGAAUCCUAGUUACUCCCGCUUACGAUCAGAUUUAUCGUCGGAGAGGGAGAGAGUGUGUUCUAUCCUCUCUUCUAGAGUACACAAAUCUCAAGACGCAACAUUCCGAUCGGUUCUUUCAUCGAAAUUAACGUUUUGUGUUUUAGGUUAUGGCAAUUCGUAUGCGAAAGUUCUUAGGCACAUGUAAGAACGUAAGCAGUGAAGCUUAUUGGUAAGAAUAUUCGAUAAGACGUAAGCAGUGAGCAAAUUGACCAGCUACAGUCGAUUAUUUUCGGACUGUAAGAAUCCAAUUGGCGAAUUAGCUUACUACAUACUCUUACCCCGUCGUUGUAAACCCAGCAUAAGAUUUAAGCGGUGAGCAAAUUGACCAACUCCUACCAUACUCGAUUAUCAUUCUCGUUACGGUCGGGCAAUCGACUGUGAUUGGUCAAUUUGCCUGCUGCUUAGCGUCUUACCGCUUACGUUUUUCCGUGUGACUCGGCCCCUCAUUCCUUAUCCAAUCGUCUCGAGCGCGCGAAAGGUCAUCAUCACGAUGCGAUUGGCGGGAAUUGCGCGAAUUGCGGCUUCCGUGAAAUUGUCGUCGGGGUUCAGUUGCUUCGUCCAGUUUCGGCGAACGACGUUUAAAUUAAAGUAAGAAUUUGUACGCGCCUUUCUUUUGUAUGUACAUAACGUAAACUAACGCGGCGGAUCGCGAAAGCCGAUAUACCGCGUCGAAAUGUCUUUCUUUCAUGAUGUUAAUGAUGUUGUUUAAUGUUCCCGAGAGGCAUCGCAGCGGUGUCUCCGAGCAUUUCUCAAGUCCCGCGAUGUUCUACCGAGCGCAGCCACACUGAGUUGUAUGUGUUUGUAUAGUCGUGUCGAUGUUUACGCGCAUUCUUGACCCAAGGAAUAAAGACGAAUGCUAUUCUUAA